AUGAGGCCACCGGCGGCUCUUGUGGUCGUAGCCGCCGUCCUUCUCGUGUUGUGCGGUGUCGACGCGACCGUGGAAACAACCUGCAAGGCGGCGGCCGACGAGGAUGCGCAUGUCAACUACAACUUCUGCGUGUCGGAAUUGAGAAAGCACUACCAGAGCUCCGACACAGACACAUGGGGCCUGGCCAAGAUAGCCGCUAACAUGGGCGUCAACAACGCCUAUGGUGCCAUCCAUGACAUCGAGCACCUACUAGCGAAGCCGAGCAUGGAUGCCAAGACGAAGGUCGCCCUUGGGCAAUGCCAGGGGCUGUACGACAACAUGAAGUUUGCGUUUGCUGGAGCCUACGACGAGAUCAACGACCGGAAUUACGCCGCGGGGAAAGAGAAGGCCGCAAAGGCCGUCUCCCUGACGCACCAGUGCGAUGAUGCCUUUGUGAAGGCCGCCGUCCCGUCGCCUCUCAAGCAACAUGGCCUCUACUCCGUGCAGACAGCGAUAGUUUGCAUGGCCAUCACUAACCUUAUCAAGUGA